AUGCAGCGAUCAUGCACACCACCUCUUCAUAUACAUCUCGAACAAACAGAACUUUUCACUCUUCUACAGGGUCAUCUAGCUUAUCAACUAGGUAAUAAAGUAUAUUCAUGUGAUACUCACACAUGCCCACGUCCUCUCAUUGUACCACCUCUUCUACCACACACAUUUUGGAUGGACGACAAUAAAGAAGAUCUCAUUGUACGAAUUCGUCUCGAACCGGCCAACAGGUACAGUGGUCUUCGACAGGGAUUCUUUGAAAAUUUCGCUGGCAUCUUUCGCGAUCAACACAUAUCUAUGUGGCAAAUAUUUGUACUUUUUGAAAAUGCUCAAGUUUAUCCAGCAUCUUUACCAUUGCCUAUCAUGAAAAUAAUGGUUAAAACAGGUGCACUCAUUGGUCAAUUACUUGGCUAUAAAAUAGAAUAUGAAGAAUAUACAACAAUUGAAGAUGAUUUUAAUUAG